ACCAGAAAAAGCUUCCAGAGGCUCAGAACCCAUAAAGACCCAGAAAUCCUAGAGGUACUGAUCUUGGGGUGUACUAAAUAGGGUGUUUCUGCUAUGGAUUUUUGGUCCAAAGUGGGGUUAGCAUCAGCUUUUGUUUGUGAGAAAUGGCAGGCUUCUAUCUAGGUGGAAGAGAAGAGAAAACAGAAAAAGAAGAGAGCUUAUAUCUGUACAGAAACGAAGAGAUCUACAACAAACAGGGGUUUGAGAUAUGGCCGCAGUGUUAUCAGCAAAGUUUGAGCAACUUCUCCUCCUCGUUUGGAGUGGGUCCUAGUCGGAGAAACUUUAUCGUCUCAGAUGAUACAAGAUCGUCCUCGUUGAUGAGUAGUCGGCAAGGCGGCAUGAACUGCCAAGACUGUGGAAACCAAGCUAAGAAAGACUGUGUCCAUUCGAGAUGCAGAACUUGUUGCAAAAGCCGCGGGUUCCAGUGCCAAACCCACGUCAAGAGCACUUGGGUCCCCGCAGCUAAAAGGCGCGAGCGCCAGGAACAGCUUGCAGCUUUACAACAGCAUCAACAGCAGCAACAACAACAAUUACAUCCUAAAAGGCAGAGAGAGAAUCAAGGCGCUUUGUCAUCCUCUCUCGCCUGCACUCGUUUUCCCUCUUCAACGUCAGGGUUGGAACUGGCUCAAUUUCCGCCGGAAGUAAAUUCGCCAGCUGUCUUCCGGUGUGUAAAAGUAAGCGCGAUGGACGAUGAGGAUGAGGAGUACGCGUAUCAAACGGCUGUGAACAUUGGAGGACAUGUGUUCAAAGGAAUUCUAUAUGACCAAGGUCCAGAAGGUCGUUACACCAGCAGCGGCGGAGAGAGCUCCCAUCAGCAGCUUAACCUGAUCACUGCCGCCACCACAACCACUGCCACCACAACCACUGCAGCCACUUCCAGCAACCCGGGUGGUGCCAAUUUUCUUGACCCUUCUCUAUACCCAGCUCCAAUCAACGCUUUCAUUGCCGGUACGCAAUUUUUCCCACCUCCAAGGUCAUGAGAAAAAGCCGCUUCCAUUUGAUAUCAGAUUUUCUAGAUUGUUCUUAUUGCUGUUUUAGAAAACAUAGAAAUGAGGAUAGAAACCUGAGAUUGCAUAUGAUAUGGUGGAUGUUUCGAAUUUCAAUUCAGAUUUUCUGU